AUGGCUUCCAAGGCUGCUCUCCUUUCUCUUCUCCCCUUUGUUUUGGCCAACCUCAACAAGCCCGUCAUAACCCCAAACUUCCCCGGAAAUGGCCUGGCAUCCCUAGGCCAAGGUCUCAUGGACCACCUGGCUCCCACACACUCGACUUGGGAUGACUGGGGCGCCGGAUGGAUUCCCCAGGACUGCAGGUCCAUGGUCCAGGGAGCCGGCUUCUCCCCCAACGACAUCAUCCCCUUCAACAUCCACUACGACGACUGCGCCCAGUCCUGGACCUUUUGCCGCCACAAGAACUCCCCCCUGAGCGAGAUCCAGAUCCUCGACAUCUUUGGCCGCUUGCCCGUCCGCAUGAGGCAGUUUGUCCGCCACCUGGUCUUUGUCCCCGGCAACAAGUCCGCGGGCUCCAACGGCGACAACGUCCUCAUGGUCGGCGAUGUUGACGUUACCGUCUUUGCCCACGAGAUUGGCCACAGCCUGGACUCGCACGCCUUUGACCCGUCAUACGGCGUGCCCUUUUCCACCGGCAACGUCUGGGUCUCCAACUACAACCUCGACUCGGCCGUGCCCGACCCCUAUGCGCAGUCCAGCCAGCAGGAGAACUUUGCCCAGCAGACUGUCGUCUCAAUCUACGACAAGGUUGUGCCCGGCGGCAUUGGCACGAUCCAGCCCAACUGGCAGGCCAUCUUCCACCAGUACGCCACCCUCGAGGGAUACAUUGGCGAUGUCAUCAUCCCCGGCGGAACUUGCACCCACCGUCUUACGGACAGCGCUCCCGUGACAAUGUCUGGCUCGAAAAAGUCCCGUCGUGCGUUGGGACCCAAGCCCAAGGUUUCGUUGAGCCCCAAGGUCAAGGAGAUUGAGGCUAUUCCCAUGCAGAGCUCCAUUACAAUGACCUCGUUUGAUGAGCAUGGCAAGCCAAAUGGCACUUAUUUUGUCCACCUCUAG